GAGACCAUCCGCAAUGUCCUCACAGAAGAUACAGCGCUUGCUUGAACCGCCCAAUGUAUCUGCUGCGCAUCGGUCUGCACUAGAGUACUUCAACUCCAACUUCGCUCACAUCGACAACCUCGAUGGGAUUGACCAAGUCCUGUCACAAACAAAAGCACGGAGUUCAGAACUACAGCGUCAGCUCUCUGCAUCUCAGCAAUCAAUUGACUCACUCAUAACGAAAACUCGCGUGGCAGCACUUGCUAACCUUGACACUGCUCGUGGGCUCGCGGAGGACAGAGAGUCGAUAGAGAACGAGAUGACUUACCUCUCAUACGAGCUUGUCUCAUCUCUUUCUCCGUCGAAAUCGGAAGCUAAUCCCACUCUUCUUGAGGACAUUGAGACUAUGCAUCGCAUACUGAAGGAACUUGAAAGCGUGCGAGCGUAUGUAGCUGUCAUAGAACGUACAUUGACUUUGAGCGAAGGAGCAUUGGCGCAGUUGCGCGCUACAACAUCCCCACUUUCCAAAUCGUCGACGUCGGAAUACAGUAGGCUAAGUGCCUUCGUUAGUAGUGUUGGUCAGGCAUGCGACAGUGUGCAAGAUAUCGGGAGUGCCGAGCAGUCUCUACAUCUUGUCACAUUUGUACGGCGUAUCCGUGACAAAACGUGGUUAGAUAUAAAAGAGAUAUUUUCUACAAAACUGAAUAGCGUGCUGGAGAAUCUUCAGUGGCCAAUGGCUGUCGAUUAUCCUGCUGCGAGCGUGCAUGACCGCAAAUCCUUCGAAACUGCGUUCAAAGACUUGAUAUUGCUGCAAGAAAUCGGCGAGAAUAUUGAGGGCUCGACAAACCAAGGUUCCCAGGGCUUAUACCCACUAGAAACACUCGCGCAUGCGAUAUCCCUUCGCUUCAAAUACCAUUUCGAAACUGAACGAGAGACAAAUCGCCUUGAUAAGCCAGAGUGGUAUCUCUCACAUAUAAUAAACGUUGCUCUUGACCAUCGACCCUUCAUGGACAAUGUUAUACAACGUUUACUCUUGGGCACAAAAUACCAGUAUGUUAAUGCAUGGCAAAACUACAUCACUCUCCUUGUCCCAAUCCUGGAGCGCAAGUUGCGGCGCACCGUCCCGACUGUGCUCUCUCGCCCUGCCCUGUUGGCGCACACAGUUUAUCAGGCAUUGAUUUUCGAUUCCAAUAUGCGUGAACUAGGUUAUGAAUUCGUGGUCGGCACAGAGGCAAAGAAGACUGAGGAGAAAGGAGGUGUCAGUUCUGUCAUUCUUUGCCAGAAGGAGUGGUUUGAUGCAUGGCUAGAAGGCGAGAAGAAAUUCGCUGAGGACCAGUACCAUGAAAUCAUCAGUUCUCCAGACGCAUGGGUUAUUGUUGACGAUGAUUCAAGUGAAUCCGAUGAACACAAGCUCUCCCGCUCAAUGGCCGAAUUGAAGGCUACGAACUCAGCUCGACGAAUAAAAGCUCUCGUUGAACAAGUUACUGAUCGCUACUCUCCCCUUCCCUCCUUCGCCCAUCGCACCCGUUUCCUUAUUCACAUUCAGCUUCCUAUCCUCGAGCAGUAUUAUUCUCGCGUGUCUUCCUCCCUGGAUGCCUUUGAGACACUUUCAUCUGCUCUGGUGCGAGCGGUCCCUGGCGCACUAGGUGUCGAAGGGCCUAAGACAGACUCGCGUAAGUUGACCGGAGGUGUUGAGGGCAGUCAGCGGUUAUGCAAGGCGUUGCUCAGCGCGCGGUACGUGGAGUCUGCAAUGCAACGAUGGGGAGAGGAAGAGUUCUUUUUGGAAUUGUGGACAGAAAUUAACCAUCAGACAGCCCUUCGUUCUCGGGCGGAGAUGCAUCCAUCACUGCCGAACUCUGCAGAUCAUCAGUCCAGCAAGAGCGAUAUCCCGAAUUGCACUAUCUUUGAGGAACUAAUUACACAGUACACGAAGCUUGCGUCAAGGGCAGAAGAUAUACUCGUGAGUCAAGUUUGUGGUGAAACUGAAUCUGCCUUGAAACCACAUUUCGUGGCUAUCACAUCUCCCAAAGAUGGAAGUGACGCUCAAAAUGCAGAUGACGGCAUCGCCGUGCCCCCAAGUCUCCUCCCAUCUAUUGCUCUCUUGUCUGCUCACCUCACCUUCCUCCGUAACACGCUUCCGACUGCCGUGACAACGCAAGUAUAUAGGCGGAUAGCAACACUCAUCUCCGAGCACAUUCUUCAGCGCGAAGUUCUCUUUCGCCCCGGACUUACCCGGGGACAAUUCCGGACAGGACUUUCACGGGAGCAGGCACGUUCCGUACAUGCGGAAAGCGAAUUGUGGGCGGAAACUUGUCAGGUCGCCUUGAGAACUUCGCGGGCCAGGGCUGAGGGUCCUUGGGCACGAUUAUUGGUCGCGGGCAGACUUCUCGGUGCACGCAGGCAGGAAGUGGAUAGGGCCGUGAAGGAAGUCCUUGGAGGUCAAGGAGAUGGCUGGGAGGAUGCUUUGGAUGUCGCUACGAGCCUCGGAUCAGGGGGGUUAGGGAAAGAGGAGGUGAAGACGGUGCUCCGACUGCGUGAUGAUCUGUAGACGUUUAGUUACUGACAGUGCAGGGAUGAGCGCCCGUGUAGCUGCGUGAGGGGAGAAUCGUGAGAGAUAUGUUUUCAUCUUGCGAGGAGCACAUGGUAUUUAGUUUUCGAACCAUCGCUUUGCCUCAGGAACACAGGACAAUAAUACCAUGACAGGACUUCAACGUUGAUUUU